AUGGCAGGAGCAUUAGGUCCUCAUGGUUUCCCUCAACCAGGAAGAGGUUACAUCUUUAUGAGGAUGUUAUAUCGUGGAAAAAAAGACGGGGCUGUACUUUUGGGUUUAAGACAUCCUUGGGAACAUCAUGGUCAUGGUCACCAUGAAAAUGGGCACGCCAGCAGUAAUCAUGGCUGA